AUGAGAGAAAUCAUUCAUGUUCAAGCAGGUCAAUGUGGUAAUCAGAUUGGCCAAAAGUUUUGGGAGAGUAUCAGUCAAGAGCACGGCAUUGAUUCAACUGGUGCCUAUGCUGGCGACAACGAUUUACAAUUAGAACGUAUCAAUGUAUACUACAAUGAAGGCUCUGCUGGCAAAUACGUGCCAAGAGCUGUUCUUGUUGAUCUCGAACCUGCUACUAUGGAUGCCAUUCGCGGUAGCACUUAUGGUAAGCUGUAUCGUCCUGACAAUUUCAUCUUUGGUCAAUCUGGUGCUGGUAACUCUUGGGCCAAGGGCUACUAUACUGAAGGUGCUGAGCUCGUGGAAAACGUCUUGGACAUCAUCCGUAAAGAAGCAGAGCACACAGAUUGCUUGCAAGGCUUCCAAUUGUGCCACUCAUUAGGUGGUGGUACUGGUUCAGGUCUUGGCUCUCUCUUGCUCUCCAAGAUUCGUGAAGAAUAUCCUGAUCGUAUGCUUUGCACGUACUCUGUUGUCCCCUCACCCAAGGUCUCUGACACUGUAGUUGAACCUUACAAUGCCGUCUUGACAGUUCACCAACUUGUAGAGAAUUGUGAUGCCACGUUCUGUAUUGAUAACGAAGCUCUUUACGACAUUUGCUUUAGAACUCUCAAAUUGUCUAAUCCUGGUUAUGGUGAUUUGAAUCAAUUGGUGUCUGCCGUCAUGUCGGGUGUCUCUACCAGCUUGCGUUUCCCAGGUCAAUUAAACAGCGAUUUGAGAAAGACAUUCGUCAACAUGGUUCCUUUCCCUCGUCUUCAUUUCUUUAUGGUUGGUUUCGCUCCAUUAACUGCAUUUGGCUCUCAACAGUACCGUAAUUUGAGUGUGCCUGAAUUGACUGCUCAAAUGUUUGAUGCUCGCAACAUGAUGGCUGCUUCUGAUCCUCGUCAUGGCCGUUAUUUGACUGUUGCUACCAUCUUCCGCGGUCGCCUGUCUACCAAGGAAGUCGAAAAUCAAAUGUUGGCUGUCCAGCAAAAGAAUUCCUCCUACUUUGUCGAGUGGAUUCCCAACAGUGUUAAGACAUCCCUUUGUGAUAUUCCUCCUGUGGGCCUUAAAAUGUCUGGCACCUUUAUUGGUAACAGCACUGCUAUCCAAGAAUUGUUCAAGCGUGUCAAUGAGCAAUUCACUGCCAUGUUUAGAAGAAAGGCUUUCAUGCAUUGGUACACUGGUGAAGGUAUGGAUGAAAUGGAAUUCACCGAAGCCGAAUCCAACAUGAACGAUCUUGUCUCUGAGUACCAACAAUAUCAAGAAGCUACUGCCGAUGAGGAGCUCUUGGAAGACGAAGAUUACCUUGAGGAGGACGAUUUGCUCGAAGAAGAUCAACUGGAGGAAUAA